GCCUGUGGGUAACCUGAAGAGGAGUGGAGACACAAGGGGAAAAUAAUCAUUAGGAUAAAGAGAUAAAGAAUGGGAUUCUAUGCAGAUCUAUAACACAGAACAUAUCAUUGUGAGAAAAAGGCACCAUAUAUAUUCCCUGCGGCUGCCAUUGGGAGAGAGCAGUUGGCUCUUUAAAUGGAGUAGUCACCCAGAGGAGACUAGCCUGUGCUAGUUCUGAGGGCUUCAAUACAGCAGAUGCAGAGAGGGGAGUGUAUGUAAAAGGGCGAAGAAGAGGAGGAGGGGGAAGGGGAGCACCAGAUUGUACCUCUGAGAGGGGAGCAUCUGUCACUCUCCAUCUUGCUCUCAGUUCCAGCCCAGCCCUGCCGAGGAGUGGAGAUCUUCUGCCGCAUCCCUCACUCCAAACCCAAGUACAAGAAUCAAACAUGGGAGCAAAAUUUAGUAAAAAGAAAAAGUCAUAUUGUCUUGGUGCCGGUAAAGAUGGAGAGUCAACUGAAACAACGGAAGUGGAACAAAAAGAAACAGAGACCCAAAGUGAGCAAAAAGAUGCACCUCAGCCUGAUAAACCUGUCGGCAAUGGUACCAGUGAGGAACAAAAACCUCAGGUGGAGAAGCAAUCAGAUAUAGAAACAAAACCAGAUGAACCCAGCAAAGAUGAGCAAAAUGCAGGCCCAGUGCCAGACAACAAUCUAGGAAACAAUCUAGAAUCAAAUAGAGCCGAACCUGUGGAAACACCACAAGAAAAAACAGAAAGCAAUUGCUCAAGUUCUGUGCAGGGACAGUCAAGUGAAGUGGCAAAAGUGGACCGUAGCAACAUAACACAAAAAGCACCACCAUCACUGGAGCCAGAGAAGACCGAAAAGGAGCAACCAAACAAGAAUCUGGAUUUGUCCAGUGAUCCUCCAUGUGCUGCUGUAGCAGAGCCAGAAGUGAAACAAAGCAGUGGUGUAGAGCAGCAGGCGAUUGUGCAGCAAGUUGAACACUUACAAGAAGCUACAGUGAAGGAAGCAGAUGAGGAACUUCAACCUGCAUCAACACUAACUGUUGAAAAAGAAAACCAAUUGGUCACUGAGAGUACCAUAUCUGAGAAUGAUGUUCCCUUGUCUGAAGAGGUUCUUGAAGUAGUAACAAACACUCAAACAGAUAUCCAUGACAAAGUUACUGCACCUGUAAUUAUGCCAGAACCUUCAAUAACGAAGAGCACUUCAAAGGUGGCAGAGAUCUGCAAAUCAGAAGAAGAGUCAAAGCAGUCUUUAGAAGGCCAGAGUCCAUUACCUGAGCAUGAAAUUCCAGAGCCUGUGCAGAUCCCUCCACCAAAUGCAGCGGCAGAAGAGCAUAAAGAGUUGCCUGUGUUGGCUUCUCCUGAACCAGUAGCUGAGCAGUUAGUGCCUUUAGCAGACACGGUAAACACAGAAAUAGAAUCUCUAGAGCAUCCACAGGCAUAUAUGCCUUUAACCAUAGAGCCUGCAAAUGAGAAGGAAGCAGUGGAUCCUGAAUCAGCCCCACAGGAGUUAGAGUCUGUGGCAGGACCAGAAGAUCCUGAUCAUGUAGCUGAGCCAGUAACAUCUGAAGUACUGCAGCAAUCUCAAUCAGAGACUGACAAAGUGUGUGAGAAUGAAACCAAGCAAGUUGCCCAAGAAGAUGAGCAACAGCAACCAAAAACAUCAGAAGUGCCUGAGCAACCUGCUCAUGACAAGAAAACUAAUGCAAACCAAGUAUCUUCAACUUUUGACAAUAAGGAAUCAGAAGUCUUGUGUUCCCGGGCAUCUGAUAUUGUAUCUAAUGAUCCACCAAAAUUGACCUCAGCGGAGCAAGAAACUUGCACAGAGAUUCCAAGUGAAGUUACACCUCUGCAAACUUUACAGGACAGUGCAGCAGAGCUCUCCAUCCGUUUGGAACCUAAUGCCCAUGAUAAGAAAUUGGAAGACCAGAGCUCUGACAAACAAUCAGUAGUAGAGCAGGAGAAAAGUAUGGAGGAAGAGAACAAAGCAGUAGUAGAUGUGGUUCAGGAAACCUUGAGUCAAGAACCAACAGAUGGCAACCAUACUGCCUCAAGUCCAGUGGCUGAACAAGAUAACGUUUCAAAUCCCUCGACUGCAGAUAUCAGUGGUUCAGCUCCCCAGUCCCUCGUCAAAGAUAAAAUAGAAAGCCAUGCAACACUUGCUGAAGAAUCUGUAGAUGAGAAAAUUCAUUCUAAUGUUCAAAUAGUAGAUAACCAUGUGACCCUUAAUGGCCUGCCAAGCAAAGAGGAAAUUAAGGUGAAAGAAAAUUUCGAAAAUCUAGAAAUUGGUUCUAACCAUGCAAUUAGUGAGCUAAAUGGGCAAAGUGAAAACCAUGAAAUUGAAGUGUGUAAUGAAUAAGCGCAUGUGUUUUUGUUUUUUUUCUUUUUAUCAAAGGUGGAAGGAGCCAAAAUGUCCCUGUUUUGAUGCACUGUAUCUAUUUUCAGUGACCAAAAGCCUCAUGCAAAUGCUUGCGAGACAAAAGAGCUGAAGCUCAUGCAGGUUCUUCCGUGAAGCAAUCGCACUGUCCUUGCCAGUUCAAUGCUGUGUCAUUUCCAGAAUAAAUGUCCUAUUUAUAUUAAUGUUUUCUAACUUUUCACUGAACAGGACAAUUCUUAAUUUGUUUUCCAAAAUGUCUCCUGUUUUAAAGAAGCACCACGAACAUUUACCAUCAACAUUGGCAAAGUGCAGUGAGCAUAAAGCCCCAAUGUUCUGAUUAAACUGUCUUUAAAGAAUGAAACGAUACACCUGUUUUCCAGAAAUAAAAUAAUCAUAUUUACCCCC